AUGCGUGCUGUCCUUCUGCUGUUCUUUGUGGCCUCUUCCCUGCAAGCCAGCCUCCUGCCAGGAGAAAAAGCCUCAUCAAAGAAGGAGACCUGGAGGGGUUCUUGCGUGCGAUGCUGUGACUCAACAGAGCAGCCGGGCUCCGUCACCUCCUCCCGAUACAUCCGGAUGACGAGCGACUCCGCCUAUUCGCUGCCCAAAAUCCGGCCCACGGUAGACAUCACAAUCCUGAAAGGUGAAAAAGGCGAAAUGGGGCCCAAAGGGCUGUUGGGUCCGGAGGGCAAAGCAGGGCAUCCGGGCCUACGGGGUUUAAAUGGCUGGAAAGGGCAGAAAGGUCAGCUUGGGCCCCCCGGCCACUCCUGCAAGCAGUAUUACGUGGCCUUUUCCGUGGGCCGCCGCAAACCCCUCCACAGCUUGGACUACUACCAGCACGUCACCUUCGACACGGAGUUCGUCAACCUCUACAAGCACUUCAACAUGUUCACAGGGAAGUUCUUUUGCUACGUAGCCGGGGUCUACUUCUUCAACCUCAACGUCCACACCUGGAACUACAAGGAGACCUACCUCCACAUCAUGAAGAACGACUCCCCAGCGGCCAUCCUGUACUCCCAGCCCAGCGAACGCAGCAUCAUGCAGAGCCAGAGUCUCAUGUUGGAUCUCCAGGAAGGGGAUGAGGUCUGGGUGCGGAUGUUCAAGAGGGAGAGAGAGAACGCCAUCUACAGCGAGGAGUCCGACGUCUACAUCACCUUCAACGGACAUCUAAUUAAGCCAGCCGUAGAAUGAAUGGCU